CUAGUAUAUUUUUAUAAAACAUACAUGAAAAAUUAAUCAAUAAAUGAUGAUAAUUGUAUUCAAAUAUAUUGAUGAUUGGUUAAAUUAGUUUGAUCGCAUUCACAAACAGAUCUAUGGACUUUCAAGCAAACGUAUUUUCCGUGGAGUAUGAUGAUCUUAAAUUCUAUUGGUAAAUAAGUGUUUAGUUCAUGAGAUUUGUAUAGUGCCGAAACAAAAUACUACAAUUCAAUGUAACUGCUCUUUGUUGAAUACUGUUCCUCUAUUAUCAGUUUACUGUAAAAAGUAGUCAAAUAGAUUGGUGAAAAGCAGAAGGUUAAAUGGAACAAUUGAAUUUCCUUUGGCGGAUAAAUUUUCAAGAUUCACUUUUAGAACUACAAUUUUGUAUUUAGCCUCUAGGGAAAAUGAACCUGGUUUAAUGAUUGAAGCUGGGUCUGAGACAAAAUAUGUACUGUGCGUUCAAUCAAUUAAAUGUCCAGAACCAAUCACGACGACUACCACGGAACCUAUUACAACAACCACACCACUGACAACGAUAUCAACAGUUUUAAACACUUCAGAUAAUCUAUCUAUCUUAUCAUCAUCUCAUUCACCGAGUCGUGCUGCUAGCAAUUCAUUUGGCAAUAGAAAUGAUGAACGUAGCAGUUCUGUAUUUUGGGAUACACUUUUAUCUGGAACUGAACCGAAAGAUUGGUUUCUUGCGACCGUUUCUUUGUCUUGCCUAUGCCUGUUACUCAUAAUUAUACUUAUUAUAACAUGGUUGUAUAUAUGUCGCAUUCGUAGACUGUAUAGUCGAAGGCGUUGCCAAGGUACAUGUCGUUUUGGAUGUCGUUGUCCACCAGAGGUUGUUCGCCAAAUGGCUGCAGAGGCAGCAGUGUGUGGCCCUUUAGGGCUACAGACGCAUCAGCCAUUUGUAAAUGCAAUGUCACCACAUGGAAAUGGUUCUGUCAGAAGUGGAAGUGGAUAUGGGAAUACAUUAUAUACAGGUGGGACAUUGAAUUCAGGUGGAUGGGGUUCAAACGGCAACAAAAUUGGUUCUCCACUUUAUGUGGCUUUAAGUUCUGGGGCUGAUAAAGCUACCUUAUUAAGUGCUGGAUGUAAUACACCUAACUGCAUGCUCGAGAUGUCUGGAGGUUUACAACUAACUAACACAGCAGAUGGAAGUAGUGGAACUUGGAAUCAAACGAGUGGAAAAUUUCGAAAUCCUCGUCUUCGUCCAAAACGCUCAACACAGGACGCUUUAAGACGAAGUACAAGUGAAGGUUCUAGCGUUUCAGGUGUCACUGGUACCGCAGGUGCUAAUAAUAGUGCUACAGGAAUAGAACAAGCUAAUUUUGUCUAUCGUCCUGGGCCAGUUGUUAGUUUUUCCGAUGCAACAAUUUCAAAUAUUCUACCUGCCAUGAUUGUAAGUAAUACAAAUGCAGGUCAACAUGGAACUGAAUCAACAGCAACCGCAUAUCUUCAAGCUUGUCCAAAUGGAUAUAAUUAUUCAGAUAGUGGUCGAGGCAGUGGUAUCAGUCCGGGCUAUUCACAUUCACCGACACAUAUGAAUAAUCGAAAAGUUAAAGAUGGAACAUAUUUCAAUAAUAGUAACAAUGAUAAUGUUGUUAACGCUAAUAAUAAUAACCCUAAUAAUAUUCAAAACGGUUUCAUUAAUUCCAAUAGUCCAAUCAAUAUGGAUGAAGUUGAAAGCAGAUGUGAUAUGAGUUAUUUAGGAAAUCAAGCAAAUAAAAUUUUAUCCAGUUUACAAUCGGAUCACUGUACGAAUUUCAACGGUUUUAGUUCAGAUUCUCGCAACAUAGCAAUGCAUCAUUUAAAUCGUGAUUCUGAAGGGGAUUUCUUAAAUAUCACACCACCAUCAGGAUUUUAUGAUUUUAAUAACAAUACCAGUAAUAAUAAUAGUAACGAUGUGAUUGUAAAUUCUGAUUCUGGUUAUUUGGCGAAUUCAUCUCGACAGCAAUCACAAACUUUCCAUAAAAAUCGUUUGAUAACUAGUCCAAAUAGUUUUGGACGACAAAUGUUCAAUCAACUAUCUCCAUCAAUUGUAGUACCACCGUCACAGUCAUUUAUUAAUUCUUCUUGUAUCAAUGACAGUAUUACAACUACAUCUUCAUUAUAUCCAUCCAGUCAGACAGAAUGGCAUAAUACUACUCUAUCACUUGACAAGUUUAAUUUACAAAAUGGUGAAAUGAUUGGUAGUCUGGAUGAUGAAUAUAUCAAUGGUUAUUCAACAGAAGUUAGUAAUACAGGAACUGCAUCGAGAAUGCGCAAAUAUAUUACACCUAAUUAUAAUAAUGGUAAUGGAGUCGGUGGAACUAGACCGUUAGUACCACGACCACAUUUCUCAGAUUCUUUACAUUCUGGAGUUAACUAUCAUCAAAAUUCAUAUGCAAAUGAAAGUAAUUCUGUGACAAUCAAUAAUAGAUCUUUACAUAAUUCAAAUGAUACUACAACUCCUAAUGGAAUAUUGUCAUCAUCAUCAAAAAUUGAUCAUUUAUGUACUACACUUAUAUCAGAACGUAUGUUGUAAAUUGAAUGUUUCUAGAUGUGCUUAACAACAAUUGAUCAUUAGGAUUUCAGUUGUUUUCCAGUGAUAAUCUUUUAUUUAAAAAUGUAUUUUAUUUGUUUUGCAAAAAAGUAAACUUAAAUGCUUUUAAUUACAUCCAAAAUAAAAAGGCAGUCAUUUUCUUGUACACAAUUCGGGUUAUCAUUUUCAUUCUUAAAUAUUGAACACUUUUAAAUUGUUACAAAAACAAACAAACAAACAAACAAAGAAACCCUAUUCAGUAGUAGGCUUAAAUCUUUUGUUUUUCCUCAACCAACUGAUAACGUUUAUUAUGAUUCGGUUUUUUUAUUUAUAAAAAUUGUAUUAAUGAUGAUUUUGAUGGAUAGUUGGGAUGAUGGAGAUAUUUAGGAUAUUUGGACAAAGUUUUUAGUUUAUUCGGUUUUUUGGAUUCGUGCGGUAAAGCUAUAUAUAUAUAUAUAUAUAUAUAUAUAUAUAUAUAUAUAUAUAUAUAUAUAUGUAAUAUUGACGCUAGAUAUCAUUAAUACUAAAUGAACUUCAUACUUUUGUACAGUUUGUGUUUAUUGAUUUCAAUGAAGUUCAUCUAACUUGGUUCUUCUUUAUAUAUUACUUUAUAAUUAUGUACAUGAGUAAGUGAUUCCCAUUGACACACACACACACAUGUACCUAUAUAUGUAUUAUCCUAUACAAGAAUAUAUAAUUUCUAAAUGUUUAUUUAGAUUAACAUUAUAUUAAAUAUAUGUACUUUGAAUACUUUUAGAGUAUUCAUUCAAUGGACCUUUUUUUGCAUUUAUGAAUGUUUAGUGUUUUCUUUUUGUUAUUCUUCUUUUUCGAAUGUGAAAGAUGAAUCAAUUGCCGAUUUAUUAUUUCAUCAUUGUUCUACUCAAUUACCUAUAAAAUACACAUAAAAUUUGCAGGAAAACUAACCUGUACAUUGAUGAAUAAAGUCAAUAUUAUAAAUAACUAGAAAAUUCAAUUUAAGAUUACUCUUCUUUAUUUAAAAGAGAAAGUAAAACAAGCAUAUAUUAGAAAAUCACUUUCUUUUUUUUCUUUUAAAGUUAUCCUUGUUUAUUUGUUCAAUUUUUUUGCUAUGGUCAUUUUGUUUACUUGUGUAAUUGAUUUGUUUAUUUAAAGAAUCUUUUAUGAAAUGAAUUGGCGAGCUUGUUCGGUUAGAAUAAACUAUUUCUGCGUUUGUUCGGUUUACUUGUCAAGAACAGUAAAACUUUGUUUGUGUAUGUGCAGACUUGUGUGUCUAUACUUUUAUCACUGGUUACACUUUCAAUUUUUCAAAUAUAUAUAUAUAUAUAUAUAUA